AUGGAGCCUGUCCCUGCUCACUUGCCCCCUACCGUCCCAUCGCAAUUCCCCUUUCGUGCCCCGGCUCACUCUCAAGGCCCCACAAGCAUGCGCCGCUCCAGCGAUGCCAUGCGAGCAGGAUCUAACUCCGGUCCUCCACACGACAUGAACAGCCCUCCCUUCUCAGCCGACGCCGUUACACUCAAGGGAGAUCACAGCAGCGACUCGAACAUUCUGAAAGGAGAAAUUCCCGAGUACGCUGAGAGCAACCAUCAUCACAAACUUAAGAAGGUCACGUCGACUCUUCAGGGGCCGAGAAAAUGGAUGGGUCUGCAGCCUGCAGCGCCGGUAGCGGUCGAUGAGGACCAUGCUGCCCAUGUUCACCUGGGUUGGUCCAAGACCAAGAUUGUUUUCAAGGAGCCCUUCGCGGAGUUUUGGGGAACUUUCAUCCUCGUCUUGUUUGGAAAUGCCGGUUUAGCGCAAGUCACUCUUGGUGCCAACAAGACUGGCGCGCCAGGUGGCYAGGGCUUUGGUGACUGGCAGAGUGUUAACUGGGCUUUCGGUAUCGGACUCAUGUUGGGAAUUUACGUCGCCGGUGACAGUGGAGCGUAUUUGAACCCUGCCGUGACCCUUGCCAGCUGUGUCCUCCGCAAGCUGCCAUGGCGACGCAUGCCAAUGUACCUCCUCGCACAAACUCUCGGAGCCUUCGCGGCUGCUGGUGUUGUUUACGCAAACUACUACAGCAUGAUUCACGAGUACGACCCAGGUCUUACCGUCGCCCCAUCCCCCACUGCCACUGCGGGAAUCUUCGCAACCUACCCGGGUGAAGGAGUCAGCAAAGUCAACCAGUUUUUCGACCAGUUUAUCGCCUCCGCAUUGCUCGUCUUCGUCAUCUUCGCGCUCAAGGAUGACUCUAACAAGGGCAACUUCGUCGCAAGUGGAGCCUGGUUCCCGCUUGCUCUCUUCUUCUUGAUGUUCGGUAUCGGAUCUUGCUUCGGCAUCCAGACCGGUUUCGCCAUCAACUUCGCCCGUGACUUCGGUCCCCGUCUCAUGACCUACGCUCUCGGCUAUGGUCACGAAGUUUGGUCCGCAGGAGGGUAUUACUUCUGGAUUCCGAUGGUCGCGCCCUUCAUUGGGUGUCUGACCGGUGGUGUCCUCUACGACAUCUUCAUCUUCACUGGAGAGUCACCCAUCAACACUCCCUGGUUCGGUCUUGCUAAGCUCUUCAACCCUAAGCGCACCAUUGUCAACAGACUCGAGGCGCAGAAGGAGGAUGGGCUUGUCUGA